AUGAAUUUAUUAAUUAAUAAUUUAUUAAAGAAAAUAACACAUUUUGAUGGAUUUUUAACAAAUAAACGUUUUUUCUCCCUCAAACCAGUGCAAUCAAUUAUAUUCGAUCUUGAUGGAGUUAUAAUUGAUAGUGAAACUGUUUACUACAGAAUUAAUGAAAACACGUUAACACAUUUUGGUAUUAAUUAUUCUUUGGAAUUAAAACGUGGACAGAUGGGGAGAAAAUUGCAUGAAGGCGUUGAUUAUUUGUUAGAAGCUACGAGGCUGGCGGAAAGGGGAGUGAAACCUGAGGUAAUUGGAAAGCUUUUAAAAAUGGAGGGGGAAUAUUAAAAAUGUCAAUACCCCCAGAAUUUUCCAGAAUGGCAAUCUUCCCUCCUCCACCCUAAAUUUUCAAAAUGUCAACUCAAAAAAUUUUCGGUAUUUGUGUAGUUGCCCUCCCCAUAAACCCCGCCCCUUUUUCUACACAACUGCCAAAGUUUUUUUCAAAAGGUCAGAACCCUCAGAAUUUUCAAAAUGUCAAUACCCCCAAAAUUUUCAAAUGUUACUCUCUAAAACGGUGCUUGUGUAGUUGCCCCCAUAAUCAUGGCCCUCUUUUCUACAAUACCCCCCAAAAAUUUCAAAAUGUCCAACCCUCAAAAAAUUCUCUAAAUGUCAAAACUGCAUUAAAUUUGCCUAUAUUUACAGGAUUAUCUAAAAGUUUAUAAGAAAUUUUACUACGAAGAAUUAGAAUCUACAAAAGGAGCUGGAUGGCCAUUACUUUUUGGAGCCCAAAAAUUGAUAACACAUUUACACCAACAUAAAAUCCAAAUAGCUUUAUGUACCGGUUCUUCAAGUAAAGAAUUUCCAAAAAAGAUUGGGAAAGCUAAAGAAUUAAUUGAAAAAAUGAGUCCAAUAGUUUUGGCUGGGGACGAUCCUGAGGUUAAUGAAGGAAAACCUGCGCCAGACCCUUAUUUG